AUGGCAUCUGAUGAUAAGGUUUCUUGGAUCCAAAAUCAAUAUGCCAAAUACGUCCCGUCCAAGAAGAGGUCAAAGUUCAAUAAAGUUAAACAAGGUCGCACGUCUUCUGAGACCUACAGUGGUUUGGUAGGUGUGCCCUAUGAAGAUGGCGAAGGUUCUGUUCACCUUCCCGAGGAAGUGAUUCAUGAAGAGUCUUCUUCAACCAUUCUGAAAUAUUUCAUCCACUUGGCAAAAGAUGAAGAAGAACAGAUUAAUUUUCAUCUCAUCGAUACGUUGAUCAAAGAUGGGUCUGAUGUAAAUGAGGGGGACAGAUUUGGCCAAACAGUGAUGCAUGAGGUAGCUAAAAGUUGGCACACAGAUGUAGCACAGUUUUUGAUUGAAAGAAACGCUGAUAUUAAAAAGCCUGACAAGUACGGGAUUACCCCAUUACAUGUAGCAGCUGCUGUGGAUUACCCAGAAAUGGUCAUUUUCUUAUUAAAACAUGGGGCUGACAUACAUAUGACUACGAAUGCAAAGCAGACUCCAUUGCAUUACGCAGCUAAAUACGAUGCAGUUAACUCUUUGAAAGUCCUGUUGAAAAAUGAAGCUGACACCAAUGUGCGAGAUUACAAGCAACGGACACCCUUACACCUGGCUGCAGAACUAGAUCGCAGUGAGGCCGCUCGAUUGCUCUUAAAUUUCAAAUGUGAUGCAAGCGUCCAGGAUGACACGGGCCAGUCCUGUCUGACUCUGAUGGUUGUGAAUAUGCCACCGGUUGCUUUUCUUGCUCUGGAUCAGUUCCAUGUUAAAGAUCGAGCUAACAGGAAACAGCAUUAUUUUCUAAACCACGUGGAACCACAAACCUCAGGUUUUCACAGCACACAAGCCAGAUCUCCUCUUGAAGUGAUCGUACAUUCACGCCAGUUGGACAUUAUCAUGCAUCCAGUUAUUCAGAAAUUAAUUGAAACAAAGUGGAUAUCUUUUGGCAGGAAGAAUAUUGCAAUAAUGUUAUCUCUGAACCUUCUGUUCAUCUUAUCCUGGACAGCACUCGGUAUAGCAUCUUCAUUGCCAAGAACUGAAGAAGUGCCGUACAAGUUUCCUGAGGACAGCUGGAGAAUAAUUGUGAUUUUUAUAGCGCUGGGUCUUACAUUGUAUCAGAUUGUGGAGGAGUUUAAAGAGAUCUAUCAAUCAAAGAUCAAAUCCAAACUCUGGAAAGAAUGGAGGAAGAGGGAACUUGAAAAAGACCUGAAAUUCAGUCAUCCAAUGUGGCCUGAGGAAAAAGAAUAUCUACAGAAAGGAGUGGAAGACUUACAGGGAAUGAACACAGCUUACCUAAAGGACUUCUGGAAUGUUUUUGAUUGGAUAGUAUACUUUUUACUUUUCGCCGUCAUCCUAACUCACAUCGCGGAUAUCGUUGUUAAAAACAAUUCAAACCUGCAUACGUCUCAUGUUCGUGUGUUUGCCGUCACCAUUAUUUUCCUUUGGUUGCGGCUGAUGAAGCACGCUCGAGCCAUCCGACUUUUAGGUCCAUUUAUUGUGAUGCUUGGAAAAAUCACGAAGGAUGUGCUUAAAUUCCUAUUUUUAUAUGGAGAAUUUUAUAUCCCUUAUGCCUGCGCCUUCUGGAUUAUUUUUGGAGGACAUGUGAGUAAUAUGAGUAAUGUUCCCCAAUUGCUGUUUACUAUUUUUCGAAUCACCCUGGUUGACGACUAUAAUUUCGAAGAUAUGUAUGACGUUGAUCCCGUAAUGGCUUAUAUACUGUGUGGGACCUUCCUGGGAGUUUCAGCAAUUCUCUGCAUCAAUCUACUCAUUGCUCUUCUUGCGGAUACAUUUCAAAGGGUAUAUGAUAAUGCAACAGCAAAUGCAGCCAUGCAGCAAGCUAGCACACUACUCCAAAUGGAAGAAAAUCUUAAUAAAAAGAACAAAGCCAAGUUUGAUAAACAUAUCCAGACCAACUGCGCUCCACUGACCCUGUUCUAUGACGAUGAUCUCACAGUUGACCAAGAUGAUGACCUGAAAAAAGUCACCAUCCAGAUCAAGGAAGAAUUGGGCGAACUGAUGCAUUUAGUAAAAGAGAGGAAACAGAAAUCUGAGUUAUCGAGCACACAGAAAAAGAGAAAUACCUAUGGAAACAUUAAAUCCAGCCCACAAUGGAGGCAAACCAAUAACCUGCAGGUAGCAACAUUUCAGCAGCCAGAAACUUCAGAAUCACUAGCAAUGCUAAUAGCAAAUCAGCAGGAACUAAGUAAUUCCAUGCUACAAAUGAACCAAAGGCUACAAUCUCUAGAAAGUAUGAUUCAACAGAGAUUACAGGCCUCAGCACCACCAGGGUCUGUGCCCUCAAUUAACCGGGAACAGGUAGAAACCCAGCAAAACAGAGUGUUUCCUGACACAAGAAUUAAUAUUCUCACUGGGAAGAAAUAUGAUCACGACGCGUCACCCAAAUAAUAAAUCAGAAGAAAAACAUAUAGUGAGAAACGAGAACACAAUAUUCACAAUGCAACAG